AUGCCCGCCCUCAAAUUCUGUGGUGAAUGCAACAACCUCCUCUAUCCCAAAUCCGACAACAACGCCAAAGUGUUGCUCUAUCAAUGUCGAAACUGCAACUACACUGAGAAUGCUACGAUCGAGCCGGGAAUGGCUGGAAGAGUAUACAAGCAUGAUCUGUUGACUGUUGCCAGAGAACAACCAGGAGAAACCAAAGACCUCGAUACAGACCCUGCUCUCCAACGGUCAUCCAUCGAAUGUCCUGCUUGCCAUCAUCACGGUGCCGUGUUCUACCAAGAUCAAGGGCGGCGAAUCACUACCAACAUGACCCUCUUCUACUCCUGUAUCAACUGCAAAAACCUCUUCAGGGAUCCCAACAUCAAGCAUCGUUAG